GUGCCCGCUAGGCCUCGUGCAGGUGGCGGUGGUGUUUGGUGCGCGCGCCGGGGAGGUGGUGGUGGGGGGGCGCCGCCGCCGCCACCGCUGCGGGGCCGGGUCUCGCGCUGCCGCCGCCGCCGCCGCCGCCUCACGCCGCUGAGGUGCUGCGCGCGGUGGGGGGGAGGGUGAGCCGCUCGCCACGAGCGGUGUAAAUGAGCAGAGAUGGACCAGGAAGGUGGGGGAGAUGGGCAGAAAGCCCCGAGCUUCCAGUGGCGGAACUACAAGCUCAUAGUGGAUCCUGCUUUGGACCCUGCUUUGCGCAGGCCUUCUCAGAAGGUGUACCGCUAUGAUGGAGUCCACUUCAGUGUCAGUGACUCAAAGUAUACCCCUGUGGAAGACCUCCAAGACCCCCGCUGUCAUGUCAGGUCCAAAACCAGAGACUUUUCCCUCCCGGUACCUAAGUUUAAGCUGGAUGAAUUCUAUAUCGGACAGGUUCCACUGAAGGAAGUAACUUUUGCGAGGCUCAAUGACAAUGUGCGGGAAACCUUCCUGAAGGAUAUGUGCCGGAAGUAUGGUGAGGUGGAAGAAGUGGAGAUUCUUCUUCAUCCCCGUACUCGAAAGCACCUAGGCCUAGCUCGUGUGCUCUUCACCAGCACUCGGGGUGCCAAGGAAACUGUCAAAAACCUCCACCUCACCUCUGUCAUGGGCAAUAUCAUUCAUGCCCAGCUUGAUAUCAAAGGCCAACAACGAAUGAAGUACUAUGAAUUGAUUGUCAAUGGCUCUUACACUCCUCAGACUGUGCCCACUGGGGGCAAGGCCUUGAGUGAGAAGUUCCAGGGUUCUUCUGGUGCAACCACUGAGACGACUGAAGCCCGCCGACGGUCUUCCUCGGACACAGCUGCCUAUUCAGCAGGCACUACUGUGGGGGGCACCCCUGGCAAUGGCACUCCCUGCUCCCAAGAUACAAAUUUCUCCAGCAGUCGACAAGAUACCCCAUCUUCUUUUGGCCAGUUCACCCCUCAGUCCUCCCAAGGAACCCCCUACACAUCUCGGGGUAGCACCCCCUACUCUCAGGACUCUGCCUACUCCAGCAGCACCACUUCAACCUCCUUCAAACCCCGGCGGUCAGAGAACAGCUAUCAAGAUUCUUUUUCUCGCCGCCAUUUCUCUGCAUCUUCAGCCCCUGCAACCACUGCUACUGCCACCUCAGCAACUGCUGCAGCUACUGUGGCCUCCUCAUCCUCAUCCUCCUCAUCAUCGUCGUCCUCUUCCUCCUCAUCGUCUUCUUCCUCAGCCUCUCAAUUUCGUGGUUCUGACUCUAGCUACCCAGCAUAUUAUGAAAGCUGGAAUCGUUACCAGCGCCAUACUUCCUAUCCACCUCGCCGGGCAACUAGGGAGGACCCUUCUGGGGCUCCAUUUGCUGAAAAUACGGCUGAGCGCUUCCCACCUUCCUAUACCUCUUAUUUGGCCCCUGAGCCCAACCGAUCCACUGACCAAGACUACCGGCCUCCUGCCUCAGAGGCUCCACCUCCAGAGCCUCCAGAACCUGGUGGUGGUAGUGGUGGUGGUGGUGGUGGUGGUAGUGGUGGUGGUGGUGGGGCACCCAGCCCUGAGAGAGAAGAAGCCCGGACUUCCCCACGCCCAGCUUCACCUGCACGUUCUGGCUCCCCAGCCCCAGAGACCACCAACGAGAGUGUGCCCUUUGCUCAGCACAGCAGUUUGGAUUCCCGUAUUGAAAUGCUGCUGAAGGAACAACGCUCCAAAUUUUCUUUCUUGGCUUCUGAUACAGAGGAAGAGGAAGAGAACAGCAGUGCAGGCCCUGGGGCUAGAGAUGCCGGGGGUGAGGUGCCUUCUGGGGCAGGUCAUGGGCCCUGCACACCCCCUCCUGCCCCAGCUAAUUUUGAAGAUGUAGCACCUACAGGGAGUGGAGAACCAGGGGCUGCCCGGGAGUCACCAAAGGCCAAUGGACAGAACCAGGCUUCUCCAUGUUCUUCCGGAGAAGAUAUGGAGAUCUCUGAUGAUGACAGGGGUGGCUCACCACCUCCAGCCCCAACACCCCCACAGCAGCCACCGCCGCCUCCGCCUCCACCGCCUCCCCCUCCUCCUCCCUACCUUGCCUCCCUUCCCCUAGGCUAUCCUCCCCACCAACCUGCCUACCUCCUCCCACCCCACCCAGAUGGCCCACCACCCCCUGAGUACCCUCCACCACCCCCACCACCACCCCACAUCUAUGACUUUGUGAACUCCCUGGAACUUAUGGAUCGACUUGGGGCACAGUGGGGAGGGAUGCCCAUGUCCUUCCAGAUGCAGACCCAGAUGUUAACACGGCUCCACCAAUUACGGCAGGGCAAGGGAUUGACUGCAGCCUCAGCUGGUCCUCCUGGCGGGGCCUUCGGCGAGGCCUUCCUCCCUUUUCCACCUCCACAAGAGGCAGCCUAUGGCUUGCCCUAUGCUCUGUACACACAAGGGCAAGAAGGUCGUGGGGCGUACUCCCGGGAGGCCUACCACUUGCCCUUGCCUAUGGCAGCCGAGCCCCUGCCCUCUUCCUCAGUCUCGGGAGAGGAGGCCCGGCUGCCUCAUCGGGAGGAAGCAGAGAUAGCAGAAAGCAAGGCCCUACCGUCAGCAGGCACAGUGGGUCGUGUGCUGGCCACCCUUGUCCAAGAGAUGAAGAGCAUUAUGCAGCGAGACCUUAACCGAAAGAUGGUCGAGAAUGUGGCCUUUGGAGCCUUUGACCAGUGGUGGGAGAGCAAGGAAGAGAAGGCCAAGCCAUUCCAGAAUGCAGCCAAACAGCAAGCCAAGGAAGAGGACAAAGAAAAGAUGAAGCUCAAAGAGCCCGGCAUGCUGUCCCUCGUAGACUGGGCCAAGAGUGGCGGUAUCACAGGCAUUGAGGCCUUUGCCUUUGGGUCAGGGCUGCGAGGGGCCCUGCGGUUGCCUUCAUUCAAGGUAAAACGGAAAGAGCCAUCAGAAAUUUCAGAGGCCAGUGAGGAAAAGAGGCCCAGGCCCUCUACUCCAGCUGAGGAAGAUGAAGAUGAUCCUGAGCGAGAGAAGGAAGCUGGAGAACCAGGACGUCCAGGGACCAAGCCUCCGAAGCGAGAUGAAGAACGAGGCAAGACCCAAGGCAAACACCGGAAAUCCUUUGCUCUGGACAGUGAAGGGGAGGAGGCAUCCCAGGAGUCUUCCUCAGAGAAGGAUGAGGAUGAUGAUGAGGAAGAUGAGGAAGAUGAAGAGCGGGAAGAAGCUGUGGAUGCCACCAAGAAGGAAGCAGAGGCAUCAGAUGGUGAGGAUGAGGACGGCGACUCGUCCUCCCAGUGCUCUCUGUAUGCUGAUUCAGACGGUGAAGAUGGUAGCACGUCGGACUCCGAGAGCGGUAGCUCCUCUUCCUCUCCAUCAUCGUCAUCCUCAUCUUCCUCAUCUUCCUCAUCAGAGUCCUCCUCUGAAGAAGAAGAACAGUCAGCAGUCAUUCCCUCAGCUUCACCACCUCCCAGAGAAGUUCCAGAGCCCCUUCCAGCUCCUGAUGAAAAGCCUGAGACAGACAGGGUUGUAGACUCCCCUGUCAUGCCUCUCCCUGAAAAGGAAACAACAUCCACACAGCCUGCAGGUCCUGCUGAAGAACCACCUCCUAACAUACCACAGCCUCCCCCGGAGCCACCAGCUGGACCUCCAGACCCUCCCCCACGCCUGGAUGAGCGCCCCUCUUCUCCUAUUCCUCUCCUACCCCCACCCAAGAAACGCCGGAAAACUGUUUCCUUCUCUGCUACAGAGGAGGCACCAGUCCCAGAACCUUCCACAGCCUCUCCACUGCAGGCCAAGUCUCCUGGUCCAGUCUCUCGAAAAGUUCCCCGGGUUGUAGAGCGGACCAUUCGUAACCUACCCCUGGACCAUGCAUCUCUGGUCAAGAGUUGGCCUGAGGAGGUGGCCCGAGGGGGUAGGAAUCGAGCUGGAGGUCGUGUCCGCUCUACUGAGGAAGAAGAGGCCACUGAGUCAGGGACAGAAGUAGACUUGGCAGUACUGGCUGACCUAGCCCUGACCCCAGCUCGUCGUGGGUUGGCUGCCAUACCCACUGGUGACGACUCAGAGGCCACAGAGACCUCAGAUGAGGCUGAGCGCCCAAGCCCUCUACUCAGCCACAUUCUCUUAGAACACAACUAUGCCCUAGCCAUCAAGCCCCCGCCUACCACACCAGCACCUCGGCCCCUGGAGCCAGCUCCUGCCCUUGCUGCACUCUUCAGUUCUCCAGCUGAUGAGGUCUUGGAGGCCCCUGAGGUGGUGGUGGCUGAGGCAGAAGAGCCAAAGCAACCUCUGCAGCAGCAGCAGCAUCCAGAGCAGGAAGGAGAGGAUGAGGAAGAAGAUGAAGAAGAGGAGUCCGAGUCUUCAGAGAGCAGCAGCAGCAGCAGUAGCAGUGAUGAGGAAGGGGCAAUCAGGAGGCGCAGCCUCCGCUCCCACACUCGAAGAAGGCGGCCACCACUCCCACCCCCACCCCCACCGCCUCCUUCCUUUGAGCCAAGGAGUGAAUUUGAGCAAAUGACCAUCUUAUAUGAUAUUUGGAACUCAGGCCUGGACUUAGAAGACAUGAGCUAUUUGCGACUCACAUAUGAGCGGCUGCUGCAGCAAACCAGUGGCGCUGACUGGCUUAAUGACACCCACUGGGUCCAUCACACAAUCACCAACCUAAGCACUCCAAAGCGCAAACGUCGGCCCCAAGAUGGGCCCCGGGAGCAUCAGACAGGCUCUGCACGCAGUGAAGGUUACUACCCCAUCAGCAAGAAGGAGAAAGACAAAUACUUGGAUGUGUGCCCUGUCUCAGCCCGGCAGCCGGAAGGUGUAGACACUCAGGGGACUAAUCGGGUACUUUCUGAGCGGCGGUCAGAGCAGCGGCGGUUACUAAGCGCUAUUGGCACUUCAGCCAUCAUGGAUAGUGAUCUGCUAAAGCUAAAUCAGCUCAAGUUCCGGAAGAAGAAACUCCGAUUUGGCCGGAGCCGUAUCCAUGAGUGGGGUCUGUUUGCCAUGGAACCCAUUGCAGCUGACGAGAUGGUGAUAGAAUAUGUUGGCCAGAACAUCCGCCAGAUGGUAGCAGACAUGCGGGAGAAGCGCUAUGUUCAGGAGGGCAUUGGCAGCAGCUACCUUUUCCGGGUGGAUCACGACACCAUCAUUGAUGCCACCAAGUGUGGCAAUCUUGCCAGGUUCAUCAACCACUGCUGCACGCCCAACUGCUAUGCUAAGGUGAUCACCAUUGAGUCUCAGAAGAAGAUCGUGAUCUACUCAAAGCAGCCCAUUGGCGUGGAUGAGGAGAUCACCUAUGACUACAAGUUCCCACUAGAAGACAACAAGAUUCCAUGUCUGUGUGGCACUGAAAGCUGCCGUGGCUCCCUCAACUGAGGUGGGGCAGGACCGGUGCCCUCACCCCUAUUUAUUCCCCCUUGGUGCCCUAAGCUCCCAGCACCCCCAGCCUUAUUGGGCUCAGCAGGGCCCACUGCCCCCACCUCCACAUGUGGGAUAGGGAGCCCUGAGUCCAGCAAGGGAGCCUCAGUCCUUUGAGGUUAACUUCUGCCUUCCCUAUACCCCAUGCCCAACCGCCCUCUUAAUUUUUUUUUCUUUGCGAAGAAGAAGCUGUAAAUGUUUUGUAGCUGCCAGCAGCUGUUUCCUGUGGAAACCUGGGGUACCAGCCUGUAUAGAUGCUAUUCUUGGGGGCUGCAUAGCCCUUUGCUUCAUGUUAAUGGGGACUUCCCCUUCUGCCCUAUGUGCACCCCUCCCCAGUUUAGGGGUCUCUGGGGCAGUGGCCAUGUUCUCCCCCUGGGGGGGCCUUUGGCCCCUAGUCCUGGGAACUCUGUGCCUGGAACCCUGCCUCAUCUGUUCCUGCCAGACCCUGUGGGUCACCCUCCCACCCUGGUGUCUCAGGGCUCUGGCUCAGUAGGCCAGGAUGGUGGGGGGCAGGCCCUUCUUGUUGGGCUGGACUGUACAUAGUGUUAAUAGUGAAACCCAACACCACAUUUUUAUAAUUGUGAUUAAACUUUAUUGUACAAAAA